AUGUCGACGAGCGCGAACCUGCCGGCAGGAUUUUCAAUCACUUCUAUCAAUGGCGUACGAUGUACUGCUGUCCCAAGGUCAGCCACUACAGUAUCACCAACUGCAGUUGCAGCUACAUCCAUUUCUACAUCUAUCUCUUCUUCAUCCACAUCCACAUCCACAUCCACUUCAACAUCAACAUCAACAUCUUCCUCUUCGACUUCGUUUUCGACCUCGACCUCGACAUCGCAAAGUACUACUCAAACUCCGCAAGCCGCUUCAACACCGGUUAGUGUAGUCCCAGCAGCGGCGGGAAAUACACCGGCAGCUGUUGCUGUGGGAGGACCAGUGGUACAGUCAUCAUCAAGUACGAUUACAAGCGUGACUGAAUCCACAUCAAGCACACCACCUCCGCCUUUACCUCCUCCCCCUCCACCUUUACCACCUCCUCCACCACCCCCGAUAGCUGCCACUUCAAGUAUAUCUCAAGCUCAGACAUCCUCGACAGAACUCAGUACAACGACAUCUGCUAGCCCGGCAUCCAAAGGUACAACCCCGACUGAGUCCUCAAGUACCUCAAUAGCAAUUGCUCAAAGUGAACUAAGCACUACAGCCUCGAUCACUCAUGAUCCCGCAACACAUGAUCCCAUUGUCGGUCAUGCAACUUCAGUAGGAAGCGUCACAGCAUCCUCAACACAAUCAGUGGAAUCAUCGGCUGCAGGUGGAAUUUCUUCGUUUGGUCGCAUAAUGACUGCGCCAAUAAUUGGAGGAAUUCUAGGCGGAAUCGGAUUUCUUGCAUUAACAGCAUUGCUCAUAUUUUUCUGCAACAAAAGACGAAAGUCAAAGAGAAAUUCUCUCCUCACACCUCUAACCACUGGCACUCGGGAUCAAUUCUAUGAUAUUGACAAGAAGGCACAGGGCCAAUAUUACGAUAUUUAUGAUGAUUCCGUAGGAUCAGCAGGUCAGGGUACAAACUUCAAGGCCCAAAUAGGUGGUGCCGCGACAACUUUUGGUGCGGGUUUGGCUGGCAUACGCUCUACUCUUAAGUCUCACGUCCAGCCAGGGAACAAGCCAACCGUGGAUCUGGAUAGAGGGAAUUCGCAAUUUUUCGAGACCCCUAUACCAUAUCAUAGCAGGAAUAACUCUUCGGCAUCUGCGCACUCAUUACACGUCGCCGCAAAGGACCGAGCGGAUGAUUUUACGAGCAAAGUUAGAGGGGUAUUUCGAAAAACCCCGAAAGUCGAAAAUGAUCCUUUUGCGAUGGCACGUGGAAGGUCGGAAAAGCAGACCAAUCUCAACACUCCCCAGAAUUUCGGGAAUCUACUGGACAUGGAUGAUCGCAAUUUAUUACUGAAAGCUGAGCGGCGUCGUCUCUCCCUUUCCGCCAACUCAGGUUCCGGACAAAUGCUUGGUAGCCUAGGAUUAGAUUUCGGUAUUCCACAAGAUCCAUUUGCGGACCCUGUUAUAAGAACGGCAAACUCAAACUCGAAUGCUAAUCCAUUUGUGGACACCAACAAAUGGGAUUUUAUUUCUCGGCCUGAUCCUGCCAUCCCGAGAACCAAUACAUAUAUCAGUGACGUCCGUCGUUCUCGCGGUGAGUCAUUGGAUAGUACUACUCGAGGUCAUAAGAAUGCACCAAGUAGUGUGUAUGGGCCGGCUGCAUAUCGCACCCCAAGCAUUAGUAAUGUGUCACGGUACCCAUCAAGUAUAGCACCCAGCACGGAGAGCUUUCGCGAUACAGUAUACUCAACAGCCGACAAUAUAAAUAAUACGCGCAGAGUGGCUGGCCGAUCCGAUCCUUUCGACCUUGAGCGCCCAGAGCUAUGGUUACCUAUAUUGGCAAAGAGCGUUUCAAAAUCAAGCAGCCCUGCGUUGCUUGAACGUGGCCCUGAUCUGUAUCCCGAUCCAUUAAUGAUGCCCAAUCCUAAAUCAGGUCAAGCACCAGUAAUACCACUUCAAAAAUUCAUGACCAAUGAAACAAGAACUGCGAGUCAAGGGACUUAUGAGAGUAAAUACAGCAGUGGGAAAUCAUUGGGUGACUGGGGUGAUCCAGGACCAGAUAUAGGGAGUGGACAUAGCAGUGUGGCUGGUGAAGGGUUCUAUGGCAUGAAUGAAAACGUGAAUCAACAGUGGGAUUCGAGGAGAAACGUGGAUAAUGUUAGUCCGAUGAGUGCUGUGAGUAGUAAGGGAGGGGUUGGGAAAGCGAGGUGA